UCACACUUCUUCUCAGUUUAGUGUGUAAAGUCAGCAGAGAACUAAGUCGAGUUCGAGUCUCCUGACUUCAUAUCGUCAAUGUGUCGUAACGGACGGUGUCGGUGUUUCGCAUUGGCUCAUUGAUAGAGGAAUUUUUCCAUAAAAAUAUUAAAAAAUAUAAAUCUUCGCUUAUCGAAUGCGGUACUUCUGCUCGUAGUGAUAACAAAACCAGAAAAAGAAAACGCAAACAAAAUAUAUUUUUUUAAUGCUUUUGCUAUAUACUUUGCGCAACUUUUAGUGUUUUUCAUUUUCGUUUUCGUUUUGUUUGUUGUCCAUUUGUGUAUAAUUUAGUGGUGUUAUUUUGCCGCAGUAGUAUUUCGUCGCGAAAUAUCAGGCACAGUUAAAUAGGAUCUAAUCGCGCAACGUUUAUUUGAUUUGUGACUCUGUGAUUUAGCAAGGCCACCACCAACAAUCUAAACGCCAGAACCAGCUGGUCUGGUUCUUAUAAUCAGUUUUCUUUUUUUCUUCUUUGCUGUUGUGGUCGUUGAUUACGAUAUAACAAUUAUUAUUAAAUUAAUAUUUACGUAAUUUAAAUGUGUGCUUUAAAAAAGUAAAGAAAAUUCAGUUUGAACUUUGACUUCACAACAUCCUCCCUAUUCUUGGAGAGUGUUUGAAACCUUUGUUUCAUUUUUUUGUUGGUGUUCUGUUGUUGUCUCGAGUGUUAUUUUUGGGGUGUAGCAUUGCUCUCCAAUGUGCCAAACAUGAAUAAGAAUUUAUAUUCACCUCAUUAAAAUUGCAUUGAGGCUAAUAAAAACCACAUCGCAACUGUAGAAUCCCAUAUAACCCGGUUCGUGGUCCCAUUUGGUAAAUAAAUCGCGGAUAACACGAUACAUUAUAGAAUAAUAAAAUACAGAAGUGAAGUGGAGACGGGAAGAGAGUGUCAAUUUGAAUAAAACAACAAAAAUAAAAAAAAUACCAACAACUAAAAUAACAAAUGCAAAAUAGUUAAUCGUCAUUUACCUUACCUGCCUUUAUGUUUGUUUCUCUCUCUCUCGACAUUUCUCUUGGUCUCUUUUUUGUUUUUGUUAAAAGUGUCUACUGACAAGUUGAGUUGUAUUUUGUUUAAAAAUUACCUUUCCUUAAAAUCAAAAUAAUAUAAAAUUCGUAUUCGGUCGGUCAUCCUCACCGAGCGACGUUUCGCCGUUUCGCCAUAAAUUUAUCAUCUGUGUAUAGAAUUUUGUAUUUAAACAACAAACAACUCACAAAUCCGAUUGAUAGAGAAAACAACUACAACUGUCAGACUUGAAAGAAUUUCGAAAAAGAAGAUUUUAAAAUGCAAAAAGUGACUCCAAGCUUUACCAAGUGAUAUCGCAUCCCAUCGCAAUUCAAAUCACAUCUCACAACAUCCAUCGGCUUCGGCAUCGAUUCCUAAAUAUGUGCUGAUGUUGGGUCGGUUCGGUUGGUGAUUUGUUCAAUUCUUGAUAUUUUCUGUCAUGUUAUUAUUGUUGUGGUGUUUUUUCUCCAACAAUAGCAUUUAAAUGUCAUUUUGGAUUUUGUUUUUUAAAUGACGUAUUGGAAUUCUUAAUUAAAGUGUAAGCAGGUUGGUUUAACGUGUUUCUUUUUCUGUUGUUGAUACCUCAAUUAAACCACAAACAAGAAACGAAGAAGAAACUCAAUGUACAUACCUUUAAUAUUAUCUUCUUGGAAACAUUAAACCUUAAAAUAUUAAAUAAACUAUCACUUAAAAGUGCUUUAAAAAGAACAAAGAAAUAAACUAAGAGUUUGUAUAUAAUGUCAUCAUUACAACAACAACAACAAAAGAGGCCUAGUGUCUCGAACUGGUUUUCAUCGUUACGCCGUCAACCAAAGAACAGCAAGAACAAGUCCAUCCAAGCCGACAAGAAAUUCCAAAGAAGUUGCAUUGACCUCUCAUCGCAGAGCACCUUUUACAUUAAACCAUCAUCAUCGCCGCCACCAUCAGGAGGAGGAGAUGGUGUAAGCAGCUCUUUGGUAUCCAUUACCCCGCCAUCACCAUUGCCUCUUGCUGCAACAUCGCCGUUGUCAUCUUCCACUGCAACAACCAUCACUGCUGCCAAUUCUAUUGAUAAUCUCACAGCCGCCACCGCUGACGACGAUGACGAUGAUAGACGAGGUCUUGUUAGUGGCAAAAGAGUGAGUCAAUUUUGUUCGCAAUGCUGCUGCCACCUGCAACCGAAGAAACAGCUUCCAACGCCACCAACCUCGCCUUUGCCACCACACCACAAGCACCACAAGUCGCCAUCAACAUCGUCAUCAUCGUCUUCAUCCUAUUACCGACGUGAGCACAGCCUUCAAUAUGAGACAGAGUCUGACGAGAAGAGUGAUAUUCGAAUAAUGCGUAUGGCUAGUUUGUCGGACGAAAAGACUUCUGUCUAUUCGAAACGUUCCGAGUUCAAACGCAUCGUUACAACAAAAACGACGCAAACUUCCAUUAUAUCCAGACCGGUGGAACUAUUACUCAACGAUCGGGGUGAGAUUGUGUCGAGACUCGAUAAGCAACAGCGAUCCAGUAGCCUAGGAUGUGUUCUUGACGAAAGCGAUGAUCGUUCGUAUUCGCCAAUAAUUUUGAACUCUUCGAAUGUUCUAGACGGUGACGCUGGAGAUUUUAGAUACAUCGAUGAUAGUUCGACGUCUCAUAGUGAGACAAACGUUAAGGAGAAUCUGCUAGAAACGCCAUGCAAUAAUAAUUAUAACAAUAUCAACAACAAUAACAGCAGUGAUAUGUGUGAAAAUUGCAAAAAUGUCAUCCAGCAGAAUAAAAAUAACUGGAAGAAUUCAUCUGUAAGAAGUAAAAAGCAAAUCAAAGAUGAAUUGUGCGAAGUAGUAUCAGAAAUGGAGGCACUUGAUGUGCCUGAAGAUUGUAAACAUUCCAACAAAGAUAAACAAAUGUCGAUAGGCCGGAAAAAGUUCAAUAUGGAUCCAAAGAAAGGUAUUGAAUAUUUGGUAGAGAACAGGCUACUGCGGAUGGAUCCUCAAGAUAUUGCGCAUUUUCUAUACAAAGGCGAGGGACUAAAUAAAACUGCGAUAGGUGACUAUCUUGGCGAAAAGAACGAUCUCAAUGAAGAUGUGCUCAAAGCAUUCGUUGCACUGCAUGACUUCACAAAUCUCAUCCUAGUUCAAGCGUUAAGACAAUUUCUAUGGUCCUUUCGAUUGCCUGGUGAAGCGCAAAAAAUCGACAGAAUGAUGGAGUGCUUUGCCCAGCGGUAUUGUCAGCUAAAUCCUGACAUAUUUACUAACACAGAUACCUGUUAUGUACUCAGCUUUGCAAUUAUAAUGCUCAAUACAUCCCUACAUAAUCCAUCGGUUAAGGAUAAGCCAACCGUGGAGCAAUUCAUUUCAAUGAAUCGUGGUAUAAAUAACGGUGGUGAUCUUCCUCGUGGACUACUAGAAUCUUUAUACGAAUCUAUUCGAACUGAACCUUUUAAAAUACCCCAGGACGAUGGUAAUGAUCUUAUGCACACGUUCUUUAAUCCAGACAAAGAAGGAUGGCUUUGGAAACAAGGCGGCAGGUAUAAAUCCUGGAAAAGGCGAUGGUUCAUAUUGAACGAUAAUUGUUUGUACUAUUUUGAGUACACAACCGAUAAAGAACCAAGGGGUAUAAUACCAUUGGAGAAUAUUUGCGUAAGAGAAAUUCAUGACAGAAGUAAACCCCAUUGCUUUGAACUGUUUGCAACAGGAGGAGCUGAUAUUAUUAAGGCUUGCAAGACUGACUCAGAAGGAAAAGUUGUUGAAGGCAAACACACUGUCUAUCGGAUGUCCGCAGCAACAGAAGAGGAUCAACAAGAAUGGAUUAAACGUCUAACACAGUCAAUAAGUCAUAAUCCAUUUUAUGAUAUUCUAGUACAAAGAAAGAAAAAGGCACUGAGCAAUAGUUAGUAUUAAAUCUAGAUUAAAAAAAAAAAGAAAACAUCGAAGAGAUCGAAGAAAAAAGAAAAAAACAAAAUAACGGUUUAAAGUUUCAUCUGGUCUGGUUUCCUGCUUGCAUGCAAAAUAAUCAAAACACUGCUAAAUUAUUCUACACAAAAUAUGAAGUUUAAAACACACACCAACUAUUAACACCACCGACUGUCGUCGUUGAUGUCGAUAUCCUUAUACAUAUAUAUAUCUUAAAUAGAUGGUUUGUUGUUCUUAAUGUUGUUUAAAUAAUUUAUAUAAUUUUCGUUCUGAAUUUCGUAAAAAAUAAUAAUUGUUUUUGUUCAUUAUGAAUGAAUUUAGUUGUUUAUUAAAAGAAUAAAUAAUUUACAAAAAAAAGCAUGCAACUAAAAUAUCCAUUGAUAAAAUCCUGAUUAUAAAUUCUAAUUUAAUUAAUCCGUUUUUCUUUUUUGUUGUUGUCUCUAUUGUGAUAUAAUUUAUUUUUGUUUAGACUUUAUAAUUAAAAAAAAAAGAAAGAAAAAAUAUUAUACGAAAUUAUGAUAAUUUUUUUUUGUUAUAAAAAGUAAUGACAUAAAAAUGUAAAAGUUUGAAAAAUAAGAAUAAGAAAAAAGAGAGGAUAUAUAAUAAAAAAAUGCAAUAAAAUCAUUAUACAGAUCAUUUAUAUAAAAUCAAAAUAAGAAAAACAUCUAUGUAAUUUAAUAAACUGAAAAAAAAAUACUAACAAAAGAAAACAUAUCUUAAUCUAUUUUGUAAACAGAAUGAAGCACACUUAAAAUAACAUCAACAGAAAUCAAAACGCAAAAGAUGUAAUUCGCAUAAUGUGGGAAAAUGUUUGAUAUGUGACAAAAACAGAUUUUCGCAGAUAACUCCAUGAAACUUGUAUAAGCUAAAUAUUGAACUUUUAUUUACUUAACUUUCCCGACUCUUCUUCAAUUCUACUUUUUUUCGCAACAUUUUUACACUCAAAAAUAGAUCUGAAUGAAUCCCAUCACUUUUCUGUAGCACUUCCUCAAUCAAUUCCGAAUGCCCUUUAAGAUAUACAAUGUUUAGUGGGUCUUAUAUUAUUGAAGGAUACAAUUCCCAUGUUGAUAGCGUAUUUGCAUCCAUGUAUUUCAUUUAAAUUUAUACCGCGUCUAUUUCUGUAUAUUACAGACAUAUUUUGUAUGUUUAGGUAGACUUCUUAAACCCUUUUCCCCUGUACAUUAUUUAUUCUUUUGCACAAAAAUCCAUUUGAGUUGAAGGUUAAGCAGAGUAAAUCAGUUAUUGUAUGCUGUGAUACAAAAUAAGACAUGAAACUGUUAAGUGCAUUAACUAUUUUAACAACUUUUUAGUUACAGUGUAAACAUAUAAAAUAAUCAGAGGCUUUAAAGAUUUAAGUUGUAAUUGAAAACAAAAAGCUAGUUCAAAAUAAUACAAUUCAACAAAUAUUGCCGUUAACUGAGUCUUGAAAAAGAAAAUAAGUCACCCUAAGAAAAUAUAAUGAUUAUUUGUCAUUUUAGAGUUUUCAGAAUAAUAUAACGCACACUUUAAUUUCAAAAAUGUCCCAAGAGCUUUGAAUAGUCGGCUGUCGGUUAUGUUAGAUACGAUGAUAUGUUUCGGCUUUGACAUCCUCCCAACGCCAUAUACCUUCUAAAAUAGUUUCCUUUCUUUUACAUCUUGGUUUUUGUCAAUAUCUUAUGAUUUUUAAGAAUUCCUGGUGCAACAAUUAGGAGUAAGCAUAAAAUAUUUAAAUAUAUUUAAUAUUUACAUACGUAUAUGUUGGCUUAUAAUUCGUUUAAAAUAAUUGUUAAUUCUAUUUCUGCUCUUAUUUCAAAUGUGUGUGUACAUAUAUAACAGAAACUUCUAUCCCUUGAAAACAAAUAAUCAUGCACUGUGAUGUAAAUUAAGGUAGAACUGUAAAAGACACGCUGGAAGCUUAAAAUGAAGCUUCUUUUAGUUAGGUUUAGUUGGAUUUCCCAAUCAGAACAAAAUUUCUUGACGACAAAAGUAAAGUUCUUUCUUUUAUAGAAAGAAGAGUAGAAGUUCCUGCCGUAAAAUACAUAAUCUAUAAUUUCUACUCAUAAGUAUGCUUGUUUCACUUAAGCGUAUUGAACUUUUGUUAUCCUUUCCGAUCAAAACUAGAUGACUUCAACAAUUAAGUCCCAUUAUAUACUUUUCUUAAAGUACCUUUAUGGUUAAAUUAAAUUCCUAUGGUUUUGUCUCUGAGUAAUUUAUUUUAUAGUAUUCAGAAGUCAUUUGUUUGGAGUUUCAUAAAUCUGUUCCCAAUUUUAAAUCAAAAGUGUUGUUUUUACUAUCACAGAAUUUGUGUGCAAUCUGAUAUGUCAGUAUAAGUAAACUACAAAAAUAGAAAGAAAAAAAGAAAAACUACCAAAAUGUUUUUUUUGUAUUUAAAUAAAACAACAAUUUUUAUUUUAAUUCUUUUGUAAAUAUUUUUAAAAGUCUACAAAACAUGAGUUCAUUAAAAAAAAACCUGCAUCACUCUCAUAUUAAUUUAGAUUAAUUAAUUUGAUUUUUGUUGUUCAUUUAUAUAAAUAGUUAACAAAAAGAGUUCAUACAUAAGUUUAUUUUUACCUAGUACCUUUAGCUUAUAAUUUAAAAUAUUUUCUUGUAUAUAAUUAUGUAUUUUUUCUAACCUUAAUUUUUACCCCAAGUGUUAUGUUAAUAAAAUAAAAAGUAAACAUCCGAUAGUUUUUUAUCAUUUCUUAAACAAAGAAAAAACAAAAACUCGAACAAGAAUGAAACGAUGAAAAUAAAAUUAAAAUU